GGGGCGGGGGAUACGCUGGGCGCGUCCCUGGGGUCACGUGGUGCGCAGCACGCAGAGUCCUUCGGUCUGUUGGUCCUGGAGCGGCGCAGCAAGAGCGGGGCCGUGAGGAGAAUAAAGGCAGCCCAGUUGAUGACUGAAAAUGACAAAGCAUCCACCUAACAGAAGAGGAAUCAGCUUUGAAGUGGGAGCCCAGUUGGAAGCCCGGGACCGUUUAAAAAACUGGUAUCCAGCUCACAUAGAAGACAUUGACUACGAGGAAGGAAAAGUACUCAUCCAUUUCAAGCGUUGGAACCAUCGUUAUGAUGAAUGGUUUUGCUGGGACAGUCCUUAUUUACGCCCUUUAGAGAAAAUACAACUGAGAAAAGAGGGUUUACAUGAAGAGGAUGGAUCUUCUGAAUUUCAGAUAAACGAGCAGGUCCUUGCUUGCUGGUCUGAUUGUCGUUUUUACCCAGCCAAAGUCACUGCUGUUAACAAGGAUGGUACUUACACUGUGAAAUUUUAUGAUGGAGUAGUUCAGACUGUCAAACAUAUUCAUGUCAAAGCUUUUUCCAAAGAUCAGAAUAUUGUGGGUAAUGCUAGGCCUAAAGAAACAGAUCACAAAAGUCUUUCAUCAUCUCCUGAUAAACGAGAGAAGUUUAAAGAGCAGAGAAAAGCCACAAUCAAUGUGAAGAAAGACAAAGAGGAUAAAGCCUUAAAGACAGAAAAGCGACCCAAGCAGCCUGACAAAGAAGGAAAGUUAAUCUGUUCUGAAAAAGGAAAGGUGUCUGAGAAAAACCUUCCCAAGAACGAGAAGGAAGAUAAGGAGAACAUUUCAGAGAAUGACAGGGAGUACUCUGGAGACACCCAAGUGGACAAGAAACCUGAAAAUGACAUUGUGAAGAGUCCACAAGAGAACUUGAGGGAGCCAAAAAGAAAACGAGGCAGACCCCCUUCCAUAGCUCCUACUGCUGUGGAUUCAAACUCUCAAACUUUACAACCAAUAACAUUGGAACUGAGAAGACGGAAAAUAUCAAAAGGAAGUGAUGUCCCGUUAAAACGGCCUCGACUUGACAAAAAUUCAUUACCAAAUGCUUUUAAGAAAACAGAUGAUUUUGUGACAUCUAAUGUGCCAGCUGUGGACCUGGACCACAAAUUUAGAUGCAAGGUUGUGGACUGUUUAAAAUUUUUCCGCAAAGCUAAACUGCUGCACUAUCAUAUGAAAUAUUUCCAUGGGAUGGAGAAGUCACCAGAGCCAGAGGAAAGCCCAGGGAAGAGGCAUGUCCAAACAAGGGGCUCUUCAGCUUCUGACAAGGCCGGCCAGGAGAGCUUGACUAGGAAGCGGGUCUCUGCAAGUUCUCCGACUGCAAAAGACAAGGAAAAGAAUAAAGAGAAAAAAUUCAAAGAGUUUGUGAGAGUGAAACCAAAGAAGAAGAAGAAAAAGAAAAAGAAAACCAAACCUGAAUGCCCCUGCAGUGAGGAGAUCAGUGACACUUCCCAGGAACCAUCGCCACCCAAGGCAUUUGGUGUGACAAGGUGUGGGUCCUCACACAAGCCUGUAGUCCAUAUGAGCCCACAGCUCCAUGGCACAGAAACUGGCAACCACAAAGGGAAAUUGAAAGCAUCUGAGGAGGAUAAUUUGAGUGAGUCCUCUUCUGAGAGUUUUCUUUGGAGUGAUGAGGAGUAUGGUCAAGAUGUUGAUGUGACUACCAACCCAGAUGAGGAACUUGAUGGGGAUGACCGCUAUGAUUUUGAGGUGGUCCGUUGCAUCUGUGAAGUCCAGGAGGAAAAUGAUUUCAUGAUUCAGUGUGAAGAGUGCCAGUGCUGGCAGCAUGGAGUCUGCAUGGGAUUACUGGAAGAAAAUGUACCUGAGAAAUACACCUGUUAUGUUUGCCAAGACCCUCCAGGUCAAAGGCCUAGCUUUAAGUACUGGUAUGAUAAGGAGUGGUUGAGCAGAGGACAUAUGCAUGGCCUGGCCUUUUUGGAAGAGAACUACUCCCAUCAGAAUGCUAAGAAGAUUGUGGCCACCCACCAGCUUCUUGGGGAUGUGCAGAGAGUGAUCGAGGUUCUGCACGGCCUCCAGCUCAAAAUGAGCAUCUUGCAACAUUUCCUGAAGGACACUGCCAUCCCACUACCACCCACCAUGCUCGAGAAGGCCACUGUUUCCUGGCAGGCUCUUCCUCCCUCCUCCCUUCUUUCCUUUUGCUUAGUGAUCACAAGUUGUAAUAAGCAGGGAGCAUCCUGAUCUGCAACUGUGGUGCCAGCCUUGGAAACAACACUCAGGGGAAGGGAGAGCUCAUUCCAGACACAUCCAUGUGAUGGACACCAGAAGCAAGCAAGAAGCCCCCAGCUAUAGAACUUUGAACGGGGCAGUGGAGAAGCCCCUACCCCUACCCC